UUUUACUCCGGAUCCCUCUCUCAAGGCCCAAGCUGUGCUUCUACGCUCCGAGGAGCCCAGUCUUGAGUCCGGCCAAGCCCAGGCUCUCCUGAAAUACAUACAGGAUCAUGAUGCUUCGGAGCUGCCAUGGAACGGGCAGGAUACGGCUAGGAGGUAUAAAUUUCGGGUCAGAACGGCCGCCAGAGUAGGUAGAACAACCCCUUUAUGAGACAUGGGUUCAGAAGUUUUGAUCACCGCGUACAGACACUCCUCCUGCCUCCCCGCCGAGUAGCGCUCCCCGAGAACCUGGAGAACCUGGAGCCACCUCAGACUCCCCCGAUCCUGCACUCUCCGUUCUCUCCAUUGAGCCCAGUGUCUCCUCUCUACCCGGACGGUGUUAUAAAUGCCCGGUGGUUACAAAAGCACCAGGAGCUAGUGCCGAGCAUCCUUCUCUGUUUCUACAGCCUCAGCUCAGAUCCAAGUGUUGCUACUCUGCAUGAUAACAAGAUCAAGGUCGACAUUAACAACAUUAGAAAUGGACUUAGCCAGUCAGGAUAUAGAACGAGACUUGCGGUUGUGGUUCUGAGCGACCAGGGAACUCCCUCGGUGGAGGGGUUACAAGAAAGACUAGACAGCAUUCGAAAGGGCUGUGGAGUCGACACCAAGGCCUUUUUUUUCGUACCGCCACAGGAGACACAGGAAGACCUCGAACGAAUUGCCGAAAACACCCUGGCGACCAUAUAUUCCCAUGCGGUCGACUACUACUUGGACCUGACCCGGCAUGCAAGAAAGAAGAAGAGCCGGGGUGUGGUUCCCCAGCCGACGAUCCCGCCAACAUCCGGCACCUCUCAGACUCUCUCCCUUCCGGGAUGGAAUGUCCGAUAUGACUUCAAAGCCGCAGUGUUUGCUGAAUAUCGACAGGAUAUGGACAUUGCUCUACGUUCUUACGAGCAGGCUUACGAGAACUUGCUCGGCUCGGAACUCCUCGAAAUCAUACCAAGCUGGAGCCCUCGGUGGAACGAGGCACGUUCACUUGCCGAUGUGAUUUCCAUCCGGUGUAUUCGCUGCCUUUUGUGGAACGGCAAGCCCACAGGGGCGGUUCGCCGCUGGCAGUAUCAUCGCGACAGAAUAGCUAGCAUUGUCGACCGGCGGGGGAGAGGAACUAAAAAUUAUGGCUGGCAAGCAUGGGAGGCGCGGUGGGCCAUGGUUAUGGCCAAUCUCAUCGACAAAACAGGGAUCCAAGACCAGACGCCCUCGACGUUGGGCCUUUAUCUGCAGCCGGAGAAGAGUGUCAUGGCUGAACGGCUCCAGCCAUGGGAACUGCUGCACCAUACCGGUUACUGGUACCGCCUGUCAGCCAAGCACUUGUAUGGCCGGAGGGCUUAUGCUUACGCGAUGCCCGAAGACGAUAGGAGACCGCCCAGCUCAUCCCCUGCAUCGUAUGUCGCCAGCAAAGCCUUCACUUACGACACAUACAUGUGUCCGGAUCCUCACGAGGAAUACCCACUAGACGGCAUGGGAGCUGCAGGAGUUGAUCAUUCACGGCUCAUCCUUGACUGCCUCAUGAGAGCCAGAUCUGAAUUCCGGACUAGGCAGCAGCUUCGACUCUGCGCCGAACUGUCGCUCGAAUGCGCGAGGGAGUUGGCAUCCGGUAAACGCUGGCUGGAGACUGUUGAACUUCUUGAGCCACUCUGGCGAGACAUGUCGUUUAGGGCAGAAGGCUGGCUCAAUGUCGCUGAAGACCUCAGCUGGUGUCUCAGAACUGCGGCCUCCCACGCCGACAAAGCUGGCCUCGUAGUUGCCAUUGACUGGGAGUUGAUGAACCGACGUUUUACGAGGCGCCCGAAGUGGCACUACGACAUUGGCAAAUCUCUUCAAGGGUUGACUGCCACGCCGAACCUGGCCAUCAAGAUCGACGACAGCGUUGUCUUGUCAUUCCUAUCAGCGUCCUUUAUCUUCAGAAAUGAAGAAGGCAAGGCCGGAGAAACUGCACAUGUCCAGCUAUCUAUCACAUCAAACGCUCGUCAGGAAUCUGUUCCUGUUGGGCUUAGCAGACUCGAGAUUGACUUUGCCGGGACUAUCAAGACGGUUGUUUUGCAGCACGAAGAUUCGGCUGCCCAGCACAAGCAUGGAAAUGUCACCAUGUCGUCCGUGUCUCUUCAAGAGAGUACCGAGGGGACAGAUUCCGACCGUGGCGAUGCUGAUGGUGUCUCGGGGCUGGUGGGAAGUGCAAACCUGAGCCUAUUGCCUGGCCAUACCUCUGUGUUUAAUAUGGAGAUCCCUCUCAGGGAGCCAGGUGAGGCCAGCGCAAUCUCCACGAGGAUGUUUGUAUCAUGUGAGGACUUCGACUUGGAACAUGCGACGACGUUCCGCGAAUCCAGUGCCGCGCAUGUUUGGUUUCUGUCGCCGUCUUCCAGAAAGCGAGUUUCAAGGACAAAUGCUCGUUCUAUCCGGAUCCUACCGAGGCCGCCCAAGAUGGAGAUCAGGCAGCUUUCUCUGAAGGACGAAUACUACACAAAUGAGGCGAUCGAACUCCGGUUCGAGCUCGUUAAUGCCGAAAACGAAAAAGCCAGUGCCAAGCUGGAUGUGGCCUUGUUUGGAGACGAGCCACCUUCCUUCAGCUUGCAACUCGAUGGUCAUGACAGCAAGGACACCGCAAGUCGGGAAGCCGAGGAGUCCAAGGUGGUGGCAACGCCCGUUGGAACAAUCCAGACAUCCAGCUCGGUUCUGACCACUCUCCAAAUCCAACCAAUUGAUCAACCAACACGCUACGAGCUCGCUCUGCGAGUAACAUAUCACCUCACUAGCGACUUGGCGACAACCAUCAUCCAAACCGCUGUCUUUCAACUGAAUAUCGUCAAUCCUUUCGAGGCAAACUACGACCUUCUCCCCCGUCUACAUCCUGACCCCUGGCCAAGUCUCUUCGAUUACGAGGGCAUUCAGGAUAUCAGCGGAGAAGACAAUACUGCCAUCGCGCCCAAGGGUCUGUCGCAAGCCUGGUGCCUUAUAACACGAUACGCAUCCUUUGCGUCUGAAGGCUUAAAGGUCACAGGGUUGGAUCUCAGUAUCCACGCGCCUCCCAACGUACGUUGUUUUACAACCAAGAAGGACCACGUGCCGGACGGCGGGCGGCAGGUUAGGCCCAAGACGAUCGAGGAGGCCGCCUUCAACAUCGUGGCCCAAAAGAAUAGCCUUGACGACCGGGGUGUAGCGAGUCUAGAUGUCUCAUUCAUCAUCAAAUGGACCCGCCUCGGUGCAGAGUCGACCGCGGCAGUCAACACAACAGUUCUACCGGUCCCGCGGCUCAACGUCUUGGGCCCAGAGCCGCGCGUCCUCGCAUCGGUUUCGUACCUGAAAGAGCCCCAUCACCUCGUGGUCUUGGAGGUGGUGAUCGAGAACCCGUCCAACCAUUUUCUGACCUUCGGGCUGACGAUGGAGCCGAGCGACGAGUUUGCCUUCUCCGGCGCGAAGCAGACUACUCUACACCUGCUGCCUGUUUCCCGAAGGUCUGAAACAUACCGCCUUCUGCCCUUGGUCAGGGGAGCAUGGAUCAAGCCGGGGCUGGUUGUGAGGGACAAGUACUUCCAAAAGGUACUGCGGGUCAUACCGACUGAGGGCAUGAAGCUGGAUAAAGACGGGUUUUCGUUAUGGGUGCCGCCAGAGGAUUCUGAGUAGGAGUGAGCAAGAUAGACUAACCCAAUUCGCUAGCUGGACUGUUCCUGUGAAUU